GAGGUACACGUAAUGAGUUUCGCUCGGCUCGUCUUCGCCAUAUUUUGCAGAUCGAACGAGGGGCUCGGCAACGCCAUUGUCUGCGCAUCACGUUAAUUUUCCGUUUGCGGUUCGCCGUGAAACAGCGAACAGCGAGCGUCGCAGAGUUGCCUGUCAUCAUCGAUCCGGAGCUAAGUUUGUUGCACGCGGGGGACGAGGAAUCGUUGCAGCGGAAAUUGAAUAAAUGUGCAAACGACAUGUACAGCAAUAAUAACAUCGACCCUUGGGAGCCUGGCUACGGGCCAGAAAGAAGAAGUCACAAUUCUGACUAUGACUACCGCAGUGAUUAUGGAAACAACAGGUCGCCGGAAUAUCCGGAUGUUGAUCACCGUGAUGUUGAUCACCGUGAUAGGGACCGUCGUAGUCCGGAUUACAGAAAUCACCGUGGAAGAGACAGAGACCGCGAAAGGGAUCGUUCGAGGGAUAGGAGAGAUCGUAGCAGAGACGAUCGUGAUCGCAGCUAUAGGGAUCGCGAGGAUCGUUAUGGGAGACAAAGAGAUAGAGACUCUGUUGAAAGAGAUAGGGAUAGGGAUAGAGACAGGGACAGAGAGAGAGACCGUUCCAGACGCGACAGGGAUCGGGAUAGAGAUAGGGACCGUAGGGGGAAACGGGAGGAUCGGGAUCGCGAUCGCGACGACGAUCAUAGUCGAGAAAGUUUGGACUUUGAGCAUGACCAUGGUCGUGCCUAUGGCUCGUCCAUGGAAGGGAUCCACUACAAAUCACAAUCGCCCAACAACACCAUAAUGAUACGUGGGCUCGCUCAGCAUAUUACUGAAAAUGACGUGCGGCAAGACAUCCUCAACUGUGGUCUCAUGCCUAAGGACAUCAGGCUGAUUCGAAAAAAAGAUACAGGUGCUUCGCGAGGUUUCGCAUUCGUCGAGUUUAACGCGACUCAGGAGGCCGCACGAUGGAUGGAGAUGAAACAGGGAGUGCUGAUGCUGCAGGAUCAAUAUCGCGCACUGAUGCAGUACAGUAUACCGAAAGAGUGCCAUGUGGAUAAACCGCCGGCGAAAAAUACGCAGGAUUGGCACUGUGUUAAGUGUGGGGCACACAAUUUCAAACGACGUGAGACUUGCUUCAAGUGUUCCGCCUCGCGAGCGGAAAGCGAGGAGGGCGGAGAAGGUAGCGACGAAAUCAGCCCGCAUCCCACGAACACCGUACUUUUACGGGGAUUGGAUGUGUUAACGACUGAGGAUUCGGUUCUACAAGCGAUGAAGAAUCUGUCGUCGAUGCCGAUACGUAGUAUUCGCAUCGGUCGCGAUUCUCUCACAAAUACAUCCAGAGGAGUGUGCUAUCUGGAGAUGGGCAAUGUAGUAGAUGCCAUGUACUUGCAUACCGCGCUCACAAAACAAGGACUGGUGGUCGACGGCAGGAAAGUGGAGAUAACGUACUGUAAACUUCAUCAAAUUAAUAAUACGAAUGCGUGGAAGUCGAACGACACUCAGCCACAGAGGUACACCUUGGACGACGUAGCUCAAUUAGCUGAAUACAGUGCCAACUUGUAUGCCAAAACGCCUGCACAAAAGGCCCAUUAUCUUCAGUAUUACACGCAGUACUAUCAAAAUCAAAUAAUGCAGGGUUCGGCGAUCACAUUGCCGUCCCUGAAUCAAACAGACCGAGUUAACGCGGCCGCGGCGGUAGCGCAGUCCGCUAUACAACAAUUGCAGGCAUCUAGAAAGCUAGGAAGUGAAACCGACGAAGUGAAGGGACGGCCGACCCCUACAGCACCCACCAGUACGGCAUUAGCCAGUGGAAGGGUUCCCGCACACUCCAGCGAUGGGAAAGUAUACUCUGUACCGGACGUUAGCACUUAUCAUUAUGACGAAUCAUCUGGCUACUAUUAUGAUCCUAGCACGGGAUUAUAUUACGACCCAAACUCACAAUAUUAUUAUAACAGUCAUACGCAACAGUUUCUUUAUUGGGACGCCGAAUCAUUCUCUUAUCAACCAGCUAAGUCUACUGCAAGUACGACACAGGGAGCUACAAACACGAUAACAGCGACAGCAAGCAGUACAGAUUCCGCGAGCACGAUCAGCAAUCAAGCUGCUUUGUCGGCCGCUAAUGCGGCUCAGGAGGCGUUAAAGGAGGACGAAAGUAAGAAGAAAGACAGCAAACAGGACAAAGUGAAAGUAGCGAAGAAAAUAGCGAAAGACAUGGAACGUUGGGCAAAGACUUUGAAUCAGAAGAAAGAGAACGCCAAGAGUAAUUGGAACUCUGAGUUUGCCGGUAUGGAUGGCAAUCAAGGUAUCGGAAGUGGCGCGGCGGACGCGGGAUAUGCUAUCCUGGAGAAGAAAACUAUCGCGAAUCCUUAUCACGAGGACGAAGAUCAAAGCGGUAAUGGAUUGGUAGCUGCUUACGGAGGCGGUAGCGAUACAGAGGAGGAGAUAGAAGACGUGCAACAGGAAGAGAAACAACACACGGAUUGGAGUAAGCUGGCAUGCUUACUUUGCAAACGACAGUUUCCAAGCAAGGAGGCGUUACUCCGUCAUCAACAGUUGUCCGAUCUUCACAAACAAAACCUGGAAAACUGGUACCAAGUACGCGGUCUGGAUCCCAAUGAUCCGCAACAGAGGAACAAUAAAUACAGAGACCGCGCCAAGGAAAGGAGGGCCAAGUACGGUGAACCUGAACCACCGCAGCCCAACAAAUUGAAAGAGAAAUACUUGAAGACGAGAGUGGAGGACAUGUCAGUAUCUUAUGAGGAACCUACACGAGCCGGUAUUGGAUCCGAUAAUGUCGGCAAUAAAUUACUGCAAAAAAUGGGCUGGAGCGAAGGAAUGGGAUUAGGAAAAUCGAAUCAAGGUAGAACUAGUAUUAUCGAAGCCGAGAGACGCGUCCCUACAGCUGGCUUAGGAGCGAAGACUUCGUCGUACAGCGCGUUACCGGGCGACACCUACAAGGACUGCGUGAAGAAGAUGAUGUACGCGCGAUACCAAGAAUUGUCUGACACGUAAUACGUAGGAUAUGGUUAAAAUAGAUUUUAUAUAUACACACACAAGUUCUUGUACUCCAUUUUCCAUAGACACAUAAUUACACGCUCGUAUUGUUAUCAUUCGAAUAUUGUAAUAGCAAUUUACUUAUAACUGCACAGUGAUAGUCAAUUCUCGGGGACUGUUGCAUUCGCCAUGCAAUACGCAUUUUAUACAUCCUUGUGCAAAGUCCCGUCCUCGUGUGCUUUAAUGAUGUUCUAUAUCUAUAAUACAUUUCUUUUUUUUUCUGUAAUAUAUACGGUACACUGAAAUACAAUAUAUUGUCAAGGUAUACACGUACACACAUACGCGCCAUUUUAUUUAUAUAACAUCAAUGUUACUCGCAAACUGAAAACUAAUCAGAUCAUAUUUCUGGUUUUUUCGAGGAUGCAUUUUCCGCACAGAAUCACUCUGUCAAACUAUGAUUAUUAUAUCAUUGACAUCAUUGUGCAAUGCAAUAAUAUUUGCCCACGAAUAAAUUAUACAUAAUUGAAUAGUAGUAAAAAAUUCUUGGCAAACAAAUAUAAUCUUGUUAAAAAUGAUUCUUGAGUUGUAUUUAGCAAGUUAAAUUAUUUGGAACGUGAAAAUGUUUUAUGAUUUAACAAGUUAUAUAAAGUUGUAUUAAAAAUAAAUAUCAUUAUGAACUAUGAACAUUAUUACAUUAUGCAAAAUAUCUGUAGUAAUUUUUCUUAGUACCGUCUGCAAAGUGUCUUGCUUCACGAAAAUAUCAUUAACAGUGAAGUCAGUUUUAUGAUAUUUUUGUUAAAAAGAUUGUGUGAUCUGUUGUUUACGCAAUUCAAUAUGUUUGUCUUCAUAUGUAUUGGCGCAUCUUAUAUUUAUUAUAUCAUCGAAGUCUAGAAUUUCGCAUUCAUUUAAUCUAAUUAAACUGGAUAUAUUAAAGAUAUUUAGCAUCUUGGUUAUUCUCGUACACACAUAUAUACAUUUAUUUUUCUUUUUUGUUACAGUUUUUGGAGGUAAUGCAUUAUAUUUAUCACUGUAUACAUUUCUAACAUCGUUUUUGUAAUUUACUUUUAUUUUUCUAAAGUCAUCGACGUCAUCGUGCAAGAUUCAUGUAUUAAAUAAUAGACGGAAAAUUAAUGAAUGUACAUGCAGCGUUAUUACUAAUAUACAUAUUGAGAACAUGUGAUUUUUUUCGUAAUAGAUUAAACUUUAUAAACUUA